AUGCUUGUUGAAAUGUCACAUAAGAUUUUGGUAAUAUGGGAUAUGGUUAAAGUUGUAUUGCUUGUGGCGUCUGUGCUGGUCCUGUUCACUCAUUCGAUUUUAUCAUAUAGCCUCGUAUCAUUUUUGGGGUCGGACACAUCAAAGCUCUUUGGUACGUAUCGUUGGUUAGCAGACGGUGACUGUCCCAGAACACAGUCGCUAAGGAGUUUAGUAGCGUCCGAUAGGGGGAAAUAUAACAGACAAUUUAACAGAUUUAAGGAAUGCGUAGACGGCCAGUCCUCGCAAAGGAGUAAAACCUUACAUAAACAUAAACAUUCUAGAAGCGACGGUAGCUGCUAUCAGGAUGAUCAUGAUAGAACAAAUCUAGACACUUCGUCCACUUCCAUAAUGGGCAGCGAGUCUAACUUGUACAACAUGAAACUGACUGAAUCUGCAAACUUCAAAACCCAAUCGAACCCUGAAAUAUCGUCGAUCAACAGCGAAAACGUCAUCUUUACAAUCGGCGACGAAGAGAGGCUACUCAAGAUAUCGUCGAACAACGACGACGUCGCCGAAAUAUGUUCAGCGAUUACAGAUUACUGUGCAAAGACAAACAUACAAAAUUUCGACGUGGUCAACCAUAUGAAGAACGAUAGUACUGAGGCUACGGUUGAUAUGGAGGACUUGUGCGCGACGUGCGAUAGAAAUGACAGUGACAUGUGCAAUUUGGAGUGUUCGAAUAAUGUUGGCGAAGUCAUAGUUAUACCUAGCGCGGAAGCGAUUAUCGGUGAUAAUGAUAAUAACGCCCUCUAG